UCCCCCUACAAAUAAUAUAUACACACACUGCACCAAAUCUCAUCUUCGUCAAUUAAACACUCUGUCGUCCCCGCCGUUUUCGUUCUAAUCUUUCCCAAUUCUCACUCCUUCACCUCCCCUCUUGUUUGUCCGAUCGUAUUCGCGUCCACACUGAUCCAUUUUGAUCCCAGCGCUUGGUCGAUCGAUGAAUUAUUGUUAAUUUCAUUUUAUUGUAUUAUACUUAUAUAGUCGGGUAUCGGAUUCAUAUAAAUUUCCCAUUAUCUAUUAUAGUUAUAUCCUAUUCGGUUUCUGUAUUCGACGGAAUUUUGUAGUCAAAGAAUGGACGCUAUGAAUGAACCUUUCGGAGUUUAAAAAUGCCCGGAGUAACGCAAAAGAAUGAACAAUUCAGUAACGGGUCAUCGGCGACGUACAAGCUUUCUGCCAAUGGAUUUUGGUCCAAGAAUCGGGAUGAUGUUAACUACAAUCAGCUCCAGAAGUUCUGGAGUGAGUUGUCACCACGAGCUAGGCAGGAACUCUUGAGGAUAGACAAGCAAACCCUCUUUGAGCAAGCUCGUAAAAACAUGUACUGCUCAAGGUGCAAUGGGUUACUUCUUGAACGUUUUUUGCAGAUUGUUAUGUAUGGGAAAUCUUUACAGCAUGAUGGAGCUUUUGCUCACUUUAAUUGCAAAAGAUCUGGAGGUUUGAGAAGCCAGAAUAAUGGUAGUGGUGGAUCAAGCAUGACGAAUGGGUUCUCAUCAGAUGAAAUUCAAGACCCAUCCGUCCACCCUUGGGGAGGUUUGACCACAACACGAGAUAAUUCACUGACACUUAUGGAAUGCUACUUGUACUCUAAAUCUCUGAAAGGACUUCAAAUUGUCUUUGACGGGGCACGUGCAAGGGAGCGGGAAAGAGAACUGCUCUAUCCUGAUGCAUGUGGUGGAGGAGGUCGGGGUUGGAUAAGCCAAGGAAUAGUGAGUUAUGGCAGAGGGCAUGGGGCAAGGGAAACAUGCGCAUUGCACACUGCCAGACUUUCAUGUGAUACACUUGUGGAUUUUUGGUCAGCAUUGGGAGAUGAGACCAGACAAUCUCUUUUGAGGAUGAAAGAAGAAGAUUUUAUUGAGAGGCUUAUGUACAGGUUUGAUAGCAAGAGAUUUUGCAGAGAUUGUAGGAGAAAUGUUAUUCGAGAAUUCAAGGAACUUAAAGAACUGAAGCGCGCACGUAGAGAACCUCGAUGCACUAAUUGGUUUUGUGCUGCUGACACGGCCUUUCAGUAUGAGGUAUCUGAUGACUCAAUUCAAGCUGAUUGGCGACAGACGUUUGCUGAUACAUUGGGAUCAUAUCAUCACUUUGAGUGGGCUGUUGGGACAAGUGAAGGAAAAUCCGAUAUUUUGGAGUUUGAAAAUGUUGGGAUGAAUCGAUGCGUUCAAGUCAAUGGCCUAGAUCUUUGUGGUCUGAGUGCAUGCUUCAUCACUCUCCGAGCUUGGAAGCAAGGUGGACGAUGUACUGAACUUUCUGUCAAAGCUUAUGCAUUGAAGGGUCAACGAUGUGUACACUGCAGGCUAAUAGUAGGAGAAGGAUAUGUUGCAAUCAUGAAAGGGGAAAGCAUCAGAAGAUUCUUUGAGCAUGCUGAAGAGGCAGAGGAAGAAGAGGAUGAUGAUUCGAUAGACAAGGAUGGAAAGGAGCUUGAUGGAGAAUGCUCCCGUCCCCAGAAGCAUGCAAAGAGCCCAGAACUUGCUCGAGAAUUUCUUUUAGAUGCUGCUACUGUCAUUUUUAAAGAACAGGUUGAAAAAGCUUUCAGAGAAGGAACAGCUCGCCAAAAUGCACACAGCAUCUUUGUUUGUCUUGCACUAAAACUUCUAGAGGAACGUGUUAAUGUAGCAUGCAAAGAAAUUAUUACAUUAGAAAAGCAGAUGAAACUUCUUGAAGAAGAAGAAAAGGAAAAACGUGAAGAAGAAGAACGCAAGGAGAGGAGAAGGACUAAGGAAAGGGAGAAAAAACUUAGGAGAAAGGAAAGACUGAAAGGAAAGGAGAAAGAUAAAGGAAAAAAGUGUUCUGAAUCUAAUAAUGCUUUUGACUCAGCUGAAUUUUCAAGGGAAGAAUUCUCUGCAAUCGCUGAUAUGGAGGAAACUAGUCCUCGUAACUGCAGGGAUUCAGCUAUUGAAACAGGUGGUGCUAAUAUAUUGAGUGAUGAAUCUACUAACAUCCAAGAGGAAGAAAUAUAUGGCGAAUGUAAUACUGUGACAUUGCAAGAUCACUCUUAUAAUGAAUGUGAUGGAGAAAUCAUCAAUACAAAAAAUGAUACUGGAACUUUCACAGUUGAGCAAUCAAGGGUUUCUCGUCGGAGAUUAAGAUAUAGGAAAGAUUUUCAACUGGAUAUGCCAAUGAAGUGGUCCGACAGACGACGUUAUGCAGUAAUUUCAGAGAGUGGUGCAAAGGUCGGUAGGUCCGAGACAAGACAUUAUGUUGAUGCUUUUACGGUUUCAUCUAAGGGAUUCAAUGGAUCAAAUAGGAAGUCAAGACUAAAUGCUUCAAAUUUCAAUGGUCGACAUGGUGGUCCUAAGUAUAAUGAGAAGCUCCGUUGUCCCAACAACCACAUGACUGACAAAUGUGACUUCCAUUCUUGCAGUUGUAAUAUGAACAGCGAAUAUAGGAUAAGGGUUGACCAACGUUCUCCAGUGAGUAGAGUUAGCCAGGAGAAAAAGCCUACGAGUAGAUCUGAAUCUGUAAUGGAUCUGUCUAAGCAGUCUUAUCAUGGUAGCAAGUAUAACCAAGUAGACCUUAUGCAUGAUAAUUUUGGAAGACCAAGAAGCAGAAUCAUCUCAGCUAACAAUGCCAGCAGGGAUUUGCUUCAAUCAAAGAAAGUUUGGGAGCCUAUGGAAUCAAAGAAGUAUCCUCGUAGCAAUUCAGACUCAGACGUUACGUUGAGCUCUGUUACUUUUAAUGUUCAAAGAGGUCGGUUUGAUGAUAUGAUCAGAUCACCUACUGACGAAGCCGGUAGUUCAGGCAAAGUUGAUCAUGGGGAUGGCAAUUUGAAGGGACCAGGUGGCAUGGAUCAAGGCUGUCAGGAUCUUGUUCAAGAAGCAGAGUGUUUGUGCAGUUCCACGGAAGUUGCUUCUGAGGAACCCGGAUUAGGUCCAAGGAGGGCCUCUGUCUUGAAUGGUUCAUCUGAUCCCUGUCAAGGCAGCACUUCUAAUUCUGACAACUGCUCGUCAUGCCUAAGUGAGGGAGACAGUAACACAAGCUCUUCAAACCGUGAAAAUACAGAAUCUUCAACCACAUCUGAUUCAGAGGAUGCUAGCCAACAAUCUGAAGGAAGAGGAAGUUCAGCACACGUUGAAAAUGGCUUGUCAGAUUGUUUUAAAGUUGGAGCGGGGAAGAACCAGAAUUCAUAUGGUGAGGGUUUGGCUAGCAGGCUACCGUUUGGCCAAUCCUUGGAUGGAGCAGGAAGUGAUGGAUUAUGCGACCCUGUGACAAAGAUAUCCCAUAAUUUGGACAAUGAUUUUUUUACCACGAACUUGUGUUCUCAGCCUCAAAGCAUGCUUCCCCCUAACCACAACAUGCAAUUUCCUGUCUUCCAAGCUCCUUCGACAAUCGGUUUUUACCAUCAAAAUCCUGCAUCAUGGCCAACGGCCUCCACAAAUGAGUUGAUUCCCUUUCCACACCAAAAUCACUAUCCGUAUGACGGCCCUCUUGGGUAUGGCAUAAAUGAGGACCCGCGCUUCUGCUUGCAGUAUGGUGCCCUGCAGCAACAAAUGCCCCUAUUCAACCAUGCUACGAUUCCGGUUUAUCAGCCAGUCGCUAAUGCCAAAGGCUUAAAACUAGAGGAACGAACUCAAAUUUCUAAGCCAACUUCAAUCCGGCAUGUUGAUGGAAUAGGAUCUACAGAAGAGAGGGUUGUUUCAGCCAGAGCGAGCUCUGAAAAGCCAGCGUUGAAUGGGGAAGUUCGACAUGAUAACUCAGUCAAUUCAACAGGGAAUGACAGUGGUUUUUCUUUGUUUCAUUUUGGUGGGCCCGUAGCUCUUUCAGCAGGUAGUGAAUUAACUUCAGUGUCUUCCAAUUGUGAAGCUGUAGGGAAUUUCUGCUCCAAAACUUUGGCCGAUGAUGUCCAGAACGAUCAUUCUUGCAAUAAGGAGACUACCAACAUGGAGGAAUACAACUUGUUUGCGGCAAGCAAUAGCUUAAGGUUUUCGAUUUUCUAAAAUGAGGCAUGAGAUGGCCGUUAUGUUUAGUCAAUGUCUUCAUAUAUGGUAAUGGAGGUUUGACUACCUGGUAAUUUGGAGAGCAAUCAAGAGUCCUUCCACAGUUUCCAAUUUUACUUUAGUCUGAUGAGUUUCUCCCCUUGUUAUUCCGUUGAUGUAGAAAAGACUGAGAGUGCCGGUAUUUUGAAGGGUUUUUUCCCCCUGGGUUUGUGUGAGGUCAGCCGUUUUUAAGCUCGAACGAAGCGUUUGUUCAUGGCAAUUUUUUACCUUCUGUCAUGCUGGAAUCAAAACCGAAUGAUACUAAAGGGUUUUUCCUGGAUUAAA